AUGCGCGACCCUUACUCUCGCGAACAACCCGCUCAAAGAUCCGUCGAACGAGACGCUGAACGCAUCCCCGAUAGGCGCGAACGCUCCCACGACGAGGGAAUGAACCCAGAGACGCAGUCCAUGUUGAGCGAUGCCGAGUUUGGUCGCGUGGACCAUACGGGCUGGUUCCCCCACUAUAAGAAUUGUGUUCAACAUUUCGUGGACUACAGCCAGCAUACGCCCCAAGUGCAGUCCAUUGCCGCGUUCAUCAAUAUUCGACUACCCUGUCAGCGACCUGAGUCCAGCGCACCGGUGGAAACCACGUCAUUGCCCUUUAUUUCGCUGCGACCCUACAUCCGACGAUUGAUUGUCACCGCGCAAGACUCACCGAGUGUUAUGCAAGGCUUCUUCGGUGGUGACUGGGAGGCUGGUGUGGGCUGUAUCUACAAGCAAGAACGGGUGAACUAUAUGUUUACGGCCAAAAGCAGUGGGUGGGCAGCUACCAAGACCGCCUACGACAUUUCUCCAGAUGAAGAAACUCCCUUCUUGAGGCCCCUGCGUGACCCCUCGGAGGAUGAAAUUCGAGUGGCCGAGGCGCGGUGGAGUGAAUGGCUGGCAAUGGAAGAUUGGAUGGUUGGAGCGCGCAGUCCCUGGUAG